AAAAUUCUGAGCGUGGUGGGCAGUACACAGAGUUGAGCUGGCCGAAUUCUAAGCUUCCAGGUGUUUAGAACAAGGCAAGACAGCGAUCCCAUGGUUCAAUUGGACAAAUUGGGCAUCUAACUGAUAACAAAUAUUUUCUCCGCUAGAUGUUUUAAAGGGUAAAAGCCGUUGCCUUUAAGCAGCCCACAUCAUGGGCCGUUCCGUUCGGCCCCUCGAAAAGAAAAGGAAAACCCCCAAACAAAAACUAAGAGUCUUUUGAUAUAUAAAAAAUUAUUUUCUGUAAAUUUAUCCCCAAAAAGAGAAAAGAUCAGAAGAGGAAAAGCAGCGAAGAAGCAGAGAUGGAUUUUAGUGUUCUCAAUGAAAGAUUGGACUCCAAAUCCUUCGAUAAGAUCGCUGAUCUAUGCGACAAUCUCAUGCUUCAGGUAGCAGCGGAGGGCGUUCCUUUUCAAGACGAAUGGCCUUUCGUAAUUCAUCUUCUUGGCCACAUCUACGUUGAUGAUAUUAAUAGUGCAAGGUUUCUUUGGAAAUCAAUACCUGUGGCAAUCAAGGAGAGCCAACCGGAGUUGGUUGCAGCCUGGAAAAUAGGUCAGAAGCUGUGGACUAGAGAUUAUGCUGGUGUCUAUGAGGCUAUUCGUGGCUUUGAUUGGACUCAAGAAACACAAGUUCUUGUUUCUGCUUUCUCAGAGCUUUACACUAAGAGGAUGUUUGAACUGCUGCAAUCUGCUUAUUCAACAAUAACCAUCCAAGAUGCAGCUCAAUUUCUUGGAAUGAGUGAGGAGGAUGCCACGAAUUAUGUACUCCGGCAAGGUUGGACAGUUGAUCCUGCUUCUCAUAUGCUAACUGUGACGAGGCAGGCUAUUGUGAGAGAGCAGAAACUAGAUCCUGGCAAAUUGCAGCGCCUGACGGACUAUGUCUUCCACCUUGAACAUUAAAUCAUAUUUUUUACUGAAUAUCCAAUCUAGGUGUACAGCUCGUUUCAUCCUUCCCUUCAGUGGUGGAUGAGAAGAAUAAUCAUGCAGGAAAAGUUUUGAGCACUUUUGCUGCCUUAAAAAACGUAGUUAAUGACAUAAGCAACUAUAACUAAUUGUCUGGUUUAAUGAUUUUUGUUUUAAAAAACAGCUACUUUCUUUUUUCAGAAGUGCAACUCUCAACGCACUUUAAUCAAGCUGAAUAUUUGAUUCGCACGAAACUCCAGCUUUCUAGCAACUGGGAAUAAUAAUUGGUGCCUGCAACCACGUCAAGCCGGCGCUGCCACGCAUUUGGAACCUCAGACUAACUUAGCCAUGCCGAAAACUUCCCCAUUUGGCCUCCACAUUGCAAUCCAUUUUUACAAUCCUACUGAAAGAUAAAGUACUCCUAUCACUUUUGUAGCUACUUUUUUUUUUUAUUAUUCGUU